AUGAUCCCCAUGUUACUCAGCGUUAAGGACGAAGCCACAAAAACAGAAUUAUUGCCUGGUGCCGUAACGAAAUAUACAAUUAUGACUCAAACAAAUACUACAACUAGAAUUUUCGCUGGUGUUAUUUCUUUGGGGCUUACUGAAUUAAUGACUCAUUAUACAGAAAGUUAUCGCUAUUUCUAUGGAAACGAAUAUUUAGGUGACAGCGAAAAUCAAGUCGCUGUAGCUGCAAAUAAAAAAGCAUUAGAAUUUUGUAGUCUGGGAGAAUUCGAACAAGCAGAAAAAUUAUUUAAUGCAGCUUAUCGUACAUGUGCCAAUGGCUAUAGUGAUGAGUUAAACUUCAAAAAUAGUAGAGAUGCAACAACUAUUGCCGUUGAGGGGCAGAAUUUGCUGAAUAAUGGUAAAUUUUCGGAGACACAGGCUAAAUUCCAGAAAGCUUACAACUUAUCAGAUGUCAGUGAGCUCUAUGCUAAAUUUUCAAGUUAUAAGAAUGUUGUGCAGAUUAAAGCAGAGAAAUUUGCAGCUAAGAAAUGA